GGCGAGCACCACUGUCUCGUUUUCCCAGUCCUCAGGCCAGCCCUUCGAAACGACGUGUGCGAUGUUAUGAAGGCACUGUCGGGUCCGACGCGAUACAAGAUGUGCUGCCAGAUUGCCAGCGCCAUUUCGUUCCUCCAUGGCCACGGAAUCUACCACGGCGGUAAGAAAUUCAGUCUGUCUCUAGCUCGCUUGUUCCAGGUCUUAGGCCCCACCAGGUUCAAGAAGCUCCGGUGGCACAAGCAGCCCGACGGCUCGCGCUCGCGCUCGCCACACCCCCCGAAGGUCCUCAUCGAGCUUGCCAGGUUUUCAGGCUUGGACUUCUCUUUGCUUGCAAACGUCCGUAUCACCGACUUCGGCGAGGCUCUCUUCGCAGACCGCCCGCCCUCGGGCCUGGGAGUGCCCAUCGAUUCGUUCCCCCCAGAGCUCUGCUUCGGCUACCUGCCCUCGACCGAGAGUGAUGUCUGGGAGCUCGCCACUCUCCUGUAC